AUGGUCCGCGGGGAUGGAGAGAUCUCCUUUGAGUAUCACCGCUUCGAAGAGAUGCGGAAAGCGCUGGUGGCCGUGUGGCUGCAGUGCCCCACCAUCAGCCGCAUCUACACCAUCGGGGAGAGCUUUGAAGGCCGUGAGCUGCUGGUGCUGGAGAUGUCGGACAACCCGGGCAUACACGAGCCAGGAGAGCCUGAGUUCAAAUACAUUGCCAACAUGCACGGCAAUGAGGCGGUAGGCCGGGAGCUGCUCAUCUAUCUGGCCCAGUACCUGUGUAACCAGUACCAGCAGGGCAACGAUACCAUCAUCGAGCUCCUCCACAGCACACGCAUCCAUCUCAUGCCCUCCAUGAACCCAGAUGGAUUUGAGAAGGCCGCCUCGCAGGUAAAUCCUGGGGAGAUGAAGGACUGGUUUGUGGGCCGCAGUAACGCACAAGGGGUGGAUCUGAAUCGGAACUUCCCCGACCUGGACCGCAUCGUGUACAUCAACGAGAGAGAGGGCGGGGCCAACAACCACCUGCUGCAGAACAUGAAGAAGGCCGUGGACGACAACAGCAAGCUGGCCCCAGAGACCAAAGCUGUUAUCCACUGGAUCAUGGACAUCCCCUUUGUGCUGUCCGCCAACCUUCACGGAGGAGAUGUGGUGGCCAACUACCCCUACGACGAGACCCGCACUGGCUCUGCCCAUGAGUACAGCGCCAGCCCCGAUGACGUCAUUUUCAAGUCCCUGGCUCGCUCUUACUCCAUGUUCAACCCCGUCAUGUCCGACCCAAACCGCCCCGUGUGCCGCAAGAACGAUGAUGACUCCAGCUUCAAGGAGGGCAUCACCAACGGAGGGGCCUGGUACAGCGUGCCGGGGGGGAUGCAGGACUUUAACUACCUCAGCAGCAACUGUUUUGAGAUCACUCUGGAGCUGAGCUGUGACAAAUUCCCCAGCGAAGACACCCUCAAGAGCUACUGGGACCAGAACCGCAACUCACUGGUCAACUACAUCGAGCAGGUUCACCGUGGCGUCAAGGGAUUUGUCCGCGAUCUCCAAGGCAACCCCGUGUCCAACGCCACCGUCUCUGUGGAAGGCAUCGACCACGACAUCACCACUGCCCAAGAUGGAGACUACUGGCGUCUGCUGGCUCCAGGGAACUACAAAGUGGCCGCGUCUGCCCCUGGAUACCUCACCGUGAUCAAGAAGGUGGCGGUUCCCCAUAGCCCUGCCACAAGGGUGGACUUUGAGUUGGAGUCCAUGACGGAGCGGAAGGAGGAGGAACGUGAGGAGCUGAUGGACUGGUGGAAGAUGAUGUCGCAGACGCUGAACUUCUAG